CAAAGAGACAGAGAAACAGAGUGAGAGAGAGAGAAUGGAGAGUGAGGCGCUGAUCCAGAGCUCGGCGGUGAUAGCCGGCGUCGUGGACUACAGAGGCCGUCCGAUCACCGCCGGAUCACGCAAAGGACGGUGGACCUCGGCCUUCUUCAUUAUCGGUGUGGAGAUGGCGGAGAGGUUCGCGUACUACGGGAUAGGGUUUAAUCUGAUCACGUAUCUCACCGGCCCUCUCCGGCAGCCCACGGCGUCGGCGGCGGUGGCGGUGAAUAUGUGGUCAGGGAUGUCGAUGAUGCUGCCGUUGCUCGGAGCUUUCAUCGCUGAUUCGUACCUGGGACGCUACCGCACCAUCAUCAUCGCCUCCAUUCUCUACAUUCUGGGUCUGGGCAUGUUGACAUUCUCAUCCUCAUUGCUGCCUUCCAUCCUCCCUCAAAAAUGUGACACUGCCAUGGAACCCUCUAGUUGUCCUCCCAGUCAACUCCAAGUCAUCAUCUUCUUUGUCUCUUUGUAUCUGGUGGCAUUUGCGCAAGGUGGACACAAGCCUUGCACUCAAGCUUUUGGAGCUGAUCAAUUUGAUCAGAAUGAUCCUUUGGAAUCCAAAUCAAGAAGCUCCUUCUUCAAUUGGUGGUACUUUGGGAUGAAUUUUGGCAUGCUCUUCACAACUGUGCUCAACUAUGUGCAAGAUAGUGUCAGCUGGGGAUUUGGAUUUGGUAUCCCCUGCAUGGCCAUGGUUCUUGCUCUCAUUGUUUUCUUAUCAGGUUCCAGAACUUAUAGAUACUGGAUUCUUGAAGUGACAAGUCCAUUCAUUAGAAUUGGCAAAGCAUGUUGGCAAGCAUCAACUGUCAAGGCUUCACAGACAGAAGAGGAGGAAGAAGAAGCAAAAGAAGCUAAAGGUGUUAUUCGAUUGUUUUCAAUAUGGACUGCAUGCUUAAUAUAUGCUAUUGUUUUUGCACAAUCAAUGACAUUCUUCACCAAACAAGCCAGCACUCUAGACAGGAGGAUUGGCAGCAGCUUCGUAAUACCCUCAGCGUCACUUCAAAGCAUCGGUACCGUCUCAAUUGUUGCUUUCAUCCCCAUAUAUGAUCACAUUCUUGUUCCUGCAAUUCAGAAACUCACAGGGUUGCAAUCCGGCAUCACAAUGCUCCAAAGAAUCGGCAUAGGCAUGGCAAUCUCAGCCACAGAGAUGGUAGUCGCUGCACUGGUAGAGAUGAAGAGGAUAAAAACAGCUCGAGAAUACGGGCUCAUCGAUUCGCCUGACAUACCAAUUCCAAUGAACUUAUUGUGGUUGAUGCCCCAAUAUGUUCUCUAUGGUUUAUCAGAUGUGUUCACAAUGGUUGGUUUGCAAGAAUUUUUUUAUGAUCAGAUGCCAGAUUCACUGAGGAGCUUGGGACUUGCUCUAUAUCUGAGCAUCUUUGGUGUGGGGAGCUUCUUAAGCGGAUUUAUUGUUUCUCUGAUAGAUAAGGUGAGUGCAGCACAAGGUGAGAGCUGGUUUCCUAACAAUCUAAACCAUGCUCAUCUUGAUUACUUCUUCUGGUUGCUUGCUGUACUUAAUGCUUUAGGAUUACUUAUCUACAUAUAUUUUGCACAAGCCUACGCAUAUAGGAAGAAAGGGUGUUGUACUAUGCUAUAAUAUAAACCACAAUCUUUUGUUGUAUGUUGUUGCUUCUUUGUUUGUAUUUAAACACAUAUUUCGUAUAUCUUUGAUUCAAUUGUAAGAGCAA